AUGGUGGCAUGCGCCGAAGGCCUUGGCGUACCUCGUGGCUCGGGGAUGUUCAGGCACGCGUUGGAUGCCGUCGGAUUCCUCGGUGAGGAGAAGAUCGCCGCCAAAGUGGCCUACUUGAAGAAGACGUUCAGGUGGUCAGACGCUGAGGUGAGCAUUGCUCUGCGUAUGGCUCCGUGUGUGCUGAGGAAGUCAAAGGAAUUACUGCAGCGCAGGUCUGAUUUCCUCAUCUCUGAGGUGGGGUUGGAACCGUCCUACAUUGCUGAACGGUCAAUAAUUAUCAAUUACAAGCUGGAGGGCCGGAUGAAACCCAGGUACUACGUUGUAAAGUUUCUCAUGGAAAAUGGAUUGCUCAAGUGCAACCCAGGCUACUACUAUACCGCUUUCAAGGUGAGAGAGAAGGUAUUCGUGGAGAAGUUCAUUUCCCCUCACACGGAAGUUGCGCCGCACCUCGCUGAAGACUAUGCAACAGCUUGUGAAGGGGUAGUGCCGGCUAGAUUCAGAUUUACAUGA